AAUUGCCGACGCCGCUUCGCCCGCCUGUCAGAAGAAGUAACUCCGCGAUUGCGACUACAUAGGACGCCAACCCUUGUGUAUUUUUAGUUUAGUAUUUAUUUUUAUUUUCUUGGGGGGGUGGGGAGGGGUAAUCAAAGACCGAGGAUAUCGCGCGAACAUGGUGAUGGUAACGGCAACGAGCGGGGGCGCCCAGAAACUGCUCCUGAUCUCCGGGAAGCAAAGCGGCUCGACGGCGAGCUUCGGCCGCCCCAUCUCGGUGGUCCUGCCGCCUUCCCCCGGCCAAGCGUCGUCGGACUCCGAGUCGAGCAGCUCGGCGGGGCAGCCGGUGCGCAAAAGGCAGCGGCUCACACACUUGAGCCCCGAGGAAAAGGCGCUCAGAAGGAAACUGAAAAACCGAGUGGCAGCCCAGACCGCCAGGGACAGAAAAAAAGCCAAAAUGGGCGAACUGGAGCAGCAGGUCCUGGAGUUGGAACUGGAGAACAAAAAGCUUCACAUCGAGAACCGGCUCCUGCGAGAAAAAAACAAUGGGCUGCUGAGUGAAAACGACGAGCUCAAGCUAAGACUUCGGCUGUACAGCCUUGACACAAAGGAGAAGGUGAUGGCGUCGAACGGGAAAGAAGCAGGUUUGGGACUCGGGUCUUCUGAGCGCAGCACUCAGGCUACGUGUGCCUCCGCAGCAGGUGCAGACCCAGCAGUCCCAAAACCUGAAAACUUCCCAAUGGAUACAGAUGGUCCUGAUGCUGCAGACAAUGAGUCUGAUCUGCUGCUGGGCAUUCUGGACAUCCUUGACCCGGAGCUUUUCCUCAAGUCCUGCGAGGAGCCGCCGGUGCUCCUGGUGGGCGGCGGGGACCCAGUACCUGCCGCCGCCCCUGCGCCUUUGGGGCCCCCAUCAAUUAAGCUGGAGACCCUUAAUGGACUGAUCCACUUGGAUCACAUUUACACCAAGCCGGCAGAGGUGGCCGCGGAAGACGCCGAGGAAAGCGACGACGACGACGACGCCGCCGCCGCGCUGGCUUUCCUUCCCGUCGCCGAGGUGGAGGUGGAGGACGAGGAGGACGUCUGCGUCAAAGACGAGCCGGAGGAAGUGCUCAUCCCCAGACAGAUGGACAACUUCCUCUGCGUGCCCGCCGUUGCCGCCGCCGCCGCCUCCUCCUCCGCCCUCGGCGGCGCCGACAAGGAAGCCUGCCCGGCGGACGGCCACAGCGACUCGGGAUACGAGGGCUCCCCGUCCCCCUUCAGCAACAUGUCGUCCCCGCUGUGCUCCCACAGCCCCUGGGACGACGUGUUUGCCAACGAACUCUUCCCCCAGCUCAUUAGCGUUUGAACCCGAAAAUCGAGUCGAGCCCGAAGCUCCGUCGUUACGCUCGAGUGAAUUUCCGCUUUUCUGUGCGUU